AUGAAAAUAUCAACAAACAUCAAAGAUAAAUCAAGAGAGGCUCAAGAGUCCAAAUUUGAGGCAAUCAAACAUUUGGUUUACAAAACUUUCAAGAGUUGGUUGGAAAGAUUUCUACAACAGCCUGGAAUUGAUGAAGAUAUUUCCAUUUAUCUUCAAAGAGGAUCAAGACCAAUAAUGGAUGUCUUCCCAUUGCGGUUUAGAACCCUCCCAGAAUUGAAUUUACACCCCCUAGAUCUUAAUUUAUGGUAUAAAGAAUUGUUUUUUCGCAAGCCUGGUGAAGAUAACUGUCACGUGAGCUGGUUGGAAUUAUGA